AUGAUGUCUUUAUAUUUUGAAAUUCGUUUCAUAGAUUCGUUUACGUUUCUUCAAACAUCACUUGCUAAUCUUGUUUCAAAUUUACAACCGGAUGAUUUCCGUGAUACAAAACGAGAAUUUAAGAAAAAUGUAGAUCUUCUUACUCGGAAGGUUUUUUUUAAAGUUUAUCCUUAUGAUUAUGUUUCAUCGCUUGAAAAACUGUCCGAAACACAAUUACCUCCAAAAGAAGAAUUUUAUUCGAAACUAAAUGACGAAGACAUAACCGAAGAUGAUUACCAACACGCAAUAAACGUGUGGAAUACUUUUAAAUGUAAAUCAUUAAGAGAUUAUCACGAUCUUUACCUAAAGUCUGAUGUCCUACUUUUGUCAGAUGUAUUUGAAAACUUUAGAAAAACUUGUCUAAAACAUUACAAGUUAGAUCCAGCACAUUAUUACACAUCUCCAGGUUUAGCUUGGGAUGCUUGUCUCAAAGAAACAGGGCAGGAAUUACAGUUACUACAUGAUUAUGAUAUGUUAAUGAUGAUUGAAAAAGGUAUUCGUGGUGGAAUAACACAUAUAUCGAAAAGAUACGCAGAAGCGAAUAACAAAUACAUGAAAACUUAUAAUCCUGAUGAGGAGACCUCCUUUAUUCAAUAUCUAGAUGCGAAUAAUCUUUAUGGUUGGGCAAUGUCUCAAAAUCUUCCAACACAUGGAUUUAAAUGGAUGAGAAACCUAACAAAAGAGUCACUAAUGGAAAUUUUAGAAAAAACAAAUCAUAGUAUGUCAAAUCGUGGAAGAAAAGGAUAUUUAUGUCUCCUCCCCGGUUUACUGAAACACUAACAAUAAACCCCCCUUUACUGCCAACAGCCGAGCUUUGUUUGCUAGACGCCUAACUUAGGAAACAAAGAAAACCGAGACUAUGGUCUGGGAUUAAAAACAUGGCCAAGUUAAUGGCCGGUUUUAUUCAAAUCUGCAAAAUCAUCUUAUCAAUGUUAAAAUAUGAAAUAAUGUUUACGAAUUUAUAGGUCUAGCAAAGGUGAGGGCCAGAAGAAAAAGGCCACGGGUCGCUCCUAAGCGGCCCAGCCCCACCCGAAGGCUGUUGGCGAAAAGGAGGACGAAAACACAACGCCUGUUUGUGUUUUCAGGUACUAGUAUCUAAAGUUGUUCCUAAACUCGGAGUUCUAAUAUAACAAAGAAAAGCGCUGGAUUGCCAGCGACCUAGCAAGCGAACUUGGGUGUCUGAAAACCCCUUGGCAGAUGCCCAGCUGGCAGCGCCAAUGCGAAAACUCUGCGCUUUAUAUAGCUUUGUGUCUAAGUUACAAAAUGUAAGUGCUGCGUUAAGUCGCUCAACAAAAUAGGAUCUAGUAAUCGGACUUCCAUCGGGCCAACAAAAAAGAGGGCCGGAUACCGACCUUCGCACAGCUAAAAAGUUUAAGAUCAACUGAACUGGACAGCAUGACCUUUCAGGAUAGAUAAAAAUAACGAAAGGUGGCCCAGAAUUCUUAUGCUUGUAGUUAUGCAAGGUAAGUUGCAGUGCCUGAAUUCGGCCUUGAGCAUCAACCAGUCGGUCUAGUUGCAAAAGAUUAAUGAUAUUGGUAGUGUUGCCUCGAGAGGCUGUUAACUCCCCAAUGCGGAGAAAAGCGAAAAAUGCCAAAGCACACAUGGCAGACAUGAGACGAGACUGGUAAUGUGAUGAAAGGGAAUGCUCGAAAGCUCUAAUUAAGUUCCGUAAUACUGGUAAAGUAAUAGGUAACCUGACAUCAUUGACGGGAGUUAGUUUCCGAUAACCCUUUAAAAUUUGUAUAAUAAGUGGCGUCUCAGUAGGAUCAGCGACACCAGCAAGUUUAUGAACGUAACUAAUAGCAGAAAUGUAAGUGGUUACUGACGAAGAAGAAUAACUCCUAGAGUAUAGAUGCGUGAUAAAAAGGGCCAGUGUUGGGGUCGACACAGAAAUUUCGACGCGUUGAUUGGACUAUUAAUCUGUCUUUAAUCGCCAAGUUUCUCGUGCUUGGUUCGAUCGGUGAUCACUGGUCAUGAACGGUGAAAACUGAACAUAAAAUAAGCAAAAAUGACAAAUAAACCUAAAGAAAACCUAAAUAAACCUAAAGCGACACUAAAGAGCGAAAACUACUUACAUUCUGUGCGAUGCAAUCGAUGAGAAAUUCAAAACAUUUGCUCUAUAACACUACACUUGAAAACACGUGGUGAUCUGGUUUUGCUGUGGUCAUGUGACCAUCCGAAACUAACAUGAUAUAAGUAGUCACGUAGUGUCCAAAAAGGAAGUGAACGCAAAAAUAAAUCAAAAUAAAAUUUGGACUAAACAUUCGCCGGCCUUGGGACAACCCAGUAGGUAGGCCCAACGUCACUAGCCUAGUCUAAUUAUUCUCAAGAUCGUUCUCCAGUAGGCAUAGCUUCUGAAUAGGUCGGAUGAACACAGAGUCCUUUGUCUUGACUUUCGCCAGCGCACCAGGCCGUCGGGGCCAGGGAAGACCUCUAGGACUCGCCCAAGUUUCCAGCAUCCUCUCGCACGUUGUCAUCAACUAACAGGACAAGGGCCUUCGGCUUCAGGUUAGGUAAGACCUUUCUCCACUUUCCUCGGGCUUGCAGGGUAGGUAAAUACUCACGCAACCACCUCUUCCAAAAUAGGUCUGCCAGAAAUUGUACCUGCCUCCAUUUCCUUCUGUGAUACUGAUCUGCUUUCUCAAAUAUGCCAGGGGUAGGCAGAUAGUCUUCCUCUGCAUUAAGAAAUGCGCUGGCGUGAGUGGCUGAAGGUCAUUUGGGUCGUCUGAAUUGGCGGUGGCGCUCGCCCAUUUAACACUCGUUCAACUUCAGUCAACAGCGUCUGAAGAACUGCUUCCGUAACUACUUGGGUCCCUAGGAUAGACUUCAGAACAGUCUUAGCACGCCGCACCAUCCGCUCCCAAAUCCCAGACAUGCUAGAAGCAGUUGGCGGCUGGAAGACCCAUUUGCACCCUCGUUGUAGAAGCUCUUGCACAAUUUGUUGCUGGUUCCACUGCUCGAUCGACUCUCUCAGCUCUCGCUCACCGCCGACAAAAUUUGAUCCUCUGUCACACCUUAGUUCAGUCACUUCACCACGACGGUUCAUAAAUCGUCGCAGACACAUUAUGAAGUCGUUUGUGUCCAUCGAGUGAACCAAUUCAAGAUGUACACUACGUGUCGUUAGGCAAGUAAAUAAGCAGCACCACCGUUUGGCUGUUCCUCUUCCAUGCUUGACGAUAAAGGACCGAAUAGAUCCAUUCCUGUGUAGGAGAAUGGGGGUUCGUACGCCAUCAUCCGGCUUCUUGGCAGGGGAGCCAUUUGCUGAGUCAUCGGCUUGGCAUUCAACUUCUUACAAACAAGACACCGACCCAGGACAGAACGAGUUAACACCCUUAUUUGUGGGAUCCAGAACGUCUCUCGAACCCUUGCUAUGAGGUGUUCACGCCCCAGGUGACCAAUUGAUGCAUGGGUGUGGCGGACCAUCAGGACUGUCGCUGGAUGAUCUCUGGGCAGUAUUAUUUGAUUCCUGGCAGUGUCAGCAGCUGGUGGUGAUGCUAUACGUCCCUUGACUCUCAAAACACCAUGGUCGUCUUGCAUUGGGUUCAAACUAGCGAUCUUACUGGAUCCCCUGACUUCGCCCCCUGGUCUUUAGAUCCUUGAUCUCUUGAUCGUAGGCUGCGUGCUGGACGAUCUUUGCGAUGGAUAAGGUAGCAGCAUCGUAAUCUUCUAAAGUCAGAUGACCUGUGUGGACAGUCUUCCGGUCACGGAUGAAAUGAGUGAAGCGUGUGAGCCAAAGCCACUUGACGCCUGAGACGGUUCCAAUCAGAGGAGGUGCUUAUUAUUUGUUGCAUGGUGGUCUCAACAGGUGUGGCGGGGGGCAAUUAGACUGUACGCUUGCCUGGCGGGUCUUGACAUUGGUGUUUAUGUCAGUACAGUUAGCAUGGGUUUCUUUCUUAAGCUCUAGGCCUUCAUCAGGGACUUCUCGAAGGCUUGCGUUGGGCCAAAAGGAUUCAGGUUGCCAUAAGAACUCUGGUCCUCGUAGCCAGCGGUGAUCAAGGUUUAGCUCAGAGGGGUUCAAGCCACGUGGCGCAUCGUCGGCUGGGUUCAAGACACCUGGCACGUGGUUCCAGUCGUCUGGCUGUGAGUUUCCUCUGAUUUCUUCGACUCGAUUAGCGACAUAGGUCUGGAAACGACGCCUUUCAUUCUUCAAGUAGUGGAGAACUAUUUCGCUGUCUGUCCAGAACUUGGUGCUCUGAAUAGGAAGGUCCAACUCUUCUCUCAGCAUCUUAUUCAAGCGUGUAGACAGAACAGCAGCUUGGAGUUCAAGCCUUGGAAUGCUUGUGAACUUGACAGGUGCAUUUCUUGCUUUCCCCACAACAAACGAGCAGUGAAUAGACCCAUCUGGAUUCUCGACUCUUAGAUACGCAGAUGCACCGUAGCCAAUUUCAGAGGCAUCAGAGAAGAUAUGCAGCUGUAGUUUGCAUUUGGAAGCAUCUGUUCCAGCUGGCAAGUAGCAACGUGGGAUGCGCAGUGCAGAGAGGGAUGACAGCUGUGAGGUCCAAGACUUCCAUCUGGCUAAGAAGUUUUCUUCGAGUGGCUGGUCCCAGUCUACCUUAGCCUUCCACAUAUCCUGGAUAAUUACUCUGGCAGUAAGGGCCACAGGCGCAGCAAACCCAAGAGGGUCAUACAGGGAACAAACGGCGGACAGUACUCACGCUUUGUUUCGGGUCGAUUCAAGUUCUUGAUGUCAAAUCCAAGCUCAUCUGUUUCAGCAAACCAGCGAAUCCCUAGCGCCCUUUCCACUGGCAGUUCGUCUAAGUCAAGAUUCAGAUCUGGUGAGGCUCUUUUCUCGGUGGGAAUGGUUGCCAAAACAUUCUUACUGUUCGUCAUGAAUUUUGUAAGGUUGAAGCCACCGUGAUUCAGGAUUUUCACUAGGUCCGAUGCUACAGUAGAUGCUGCAUUCUCCUCACUGAAGGAUGGCAGAGCAUCGUCAACAUAAAAGUUCCUGUCAACAGUUGCAACAACUUGCGGGUUGAACCUUUCAGCAUUGUCACUGGCUGUUCUUCUCAGGGCCGAAUUUGCAACGCAAGGGGACGAGGUUGCUCCAAAUAUGUGUACUUCCAUAACAUAGACAUCCGGGGUUUGUCGUAAUCAUCUGUCCACCAGAGGAAUCGUAGAGCUUCUUGAUCUUGUUUACGCACACGCACUUGAUGAAACAUUGCCUCGACAUCAGCGGCUACCCCUACAUGCCCCUGUCGAAAUCGCAGCAGCACACCAACGAGACUGUUUGUCAUGUCUGGCCCUUGAACGAGAUUCUUGUUUAGAGAUGUUCCUUCAUACUCAGAUGCGGCAUCGAAGACGAUACGGAGCUUGUCAGGUUUGUUGGGAUUGGUCACUGGAUGAUGAGGCAAGUACCAAGUUAUCGAGCUUUCUCUAGCUGCUUCUUCAGGGGACAAUUUGCGUGCAUAGCCCUUCGAGAUGUACUCAGUCAUGACUCCACGGUACUUAGCAGCCAUUUGCUCAUUUCCUGCUUUGGUCAGGCGUCGUCUAAGCAAUUCUGCUCGUCUUUCAGCUAAAAUGCGAUUGUUUGGCAGCUUUGGCUGAUCUUCCUUCCAUAGUAGGCCAACCGUAAUGCCCGUCUACAAAGGUAGUAGUUUCUUCAAUGAUUUUUAGGGCUCGUUUGUCUUCCACAGAUAAGGGCUUCUCUCCUGCUUUCAAUGUUCCAUAGUCUUGAUCUUCCAAAACCUUUCAACAAAGUCGUCAGGUUUGUGUCCAACAGAGAUGAAAUUGAGCUCAGCUCUUCUUGUCCCAGCGAUAGUCAAUGGACCUGAAAUGCUCCAACCGAGAGGGUACCGAUAACCGUAGGGGCCGCUCUUGUUGUCUUUCGGGAUUCUGACUUCCUUCUGCAAGUGUGCAACAGGGACGUUACUCCCCACAAUGAUCGAGACUCGUUUAAAGUCCACCACUGGGAAUGUAAGGUCUUGAAGGUGCGGAUACUUAUGGACAUCUACUGUCCCCGGCAAAACUCGUUCUGAUUGGUUCAGGUCAGGAGAACGUAAGCUUCAUUAACAUCAAUGUCUUCACCAUAUGCUUCUACAGGACUGAGAGUAAAGGAAACGCGUCGACUCUCCACCAGCUCCUCACUGUUCGUAAUAGUCUUAAUCCCGAUUUGCUCCGAGAUCCCUUUCAGGUCAAGAUGAUCAGCAAGCUCUUUGUCAAUGAGGGUAUCGGUACACCCAUUGUCAAGAAAUGCAUAUGUAGAAAGGGAACCACCGUUCUCUGCAGUAAUGGUUACAGGAACUACAUUUAACAAAACUUGGGCUCUUGUGGUGCUGACACCGCAGAUGUAAUCGAAGUCUGUGGCCUGUCGCUGGGCGGCUGUCUUGUGCCUUGCUCCAUUUGUGGUUGCCGGGUUAUUGGGUCAGCAGUCGGAGUACUGUAUCGGUUAGUGGGGUUAUGAGUGUUCUUGUUUCCAGGAGUUCUCGUCCAUUGUUGUUGUCCCUAUGCAGUAUUGGUAAGUGGUGUCCAGGACACCGAGAACAAGCUGGUGGCUCAGGACAGGAAGUACCACUGUGAUCGGGAUUAUGGCAACCACAGUUAAAGCAGAACCCAUACGAUGCUGCGUAUUGUCGACGCACGGCUACACGGUCACACUGUUUGACGAUUGGGCACUCCUGGAGUCGGUGGGGAGUAGACUUGCAAAUUGCACAGUUUGCAGAGUUCUCUUUCUUGGGGGCGUUCUUAAGCGAUGUGGCGUUGAUCGUAGCGUUUUUAAGUGGGCAGGUCCGAUCCUUUAGAAGCUUUGGGGGGGACUUGUUUGUCCUGUUUUCUCCCUUUGCGGCUGCAUUCCAAACACUGGGUCAUUCCUUAUUGACGCUUGCCUUUUCACGAAUUUUGCAAUGUCCUUUAGUCGUGCAGUUCCACCACUAACUAACAAUCUCGUAGUUUUCGGUCUGCCACUUGGUGAUUAAAUCAUUUGGGAGUCUGUUUACGAUUCUUCUUAAAUUGGUAGCUACGCUUGCUUCGCUGCGUUCCACAUCUCCCUUCAGAACCUUGGUUGAAGUGUUCAGCUUCUCGGCAAAAUUAAGCAGACCCAUGUUGUCACCAUAGGCAAGUUUGGGGCCUGAGACUAACUCUUCGAUGCAGGCUUGCGUCACCUGAAUAGGGCGACCAAAGCGUUCCUCUAAGAUCUUCAUUAGCUCACUAUAGGAGGAGCCUCGGUUUCUUUUGAUGACCUCCAAGGCUUCUCCUUUCAGGAACUUCGGUAAGUACUCUACCCGCUGCGCAUCAGUUAGUAGCUCACUUUCAAGGUGAGUAUGUGCUUGUUCUUUGAAGAACGGGAAGUCUGCUGGGUUGCCAUUAAAGGGUGUAGGAGAGAUUCCGUUCAGAAGCUGUACCUUCCACAUGGCUGCUACAUGGUCUUUAGGGGCUUGUGGAACGCGAAGCAAGCGUAGCUACCAAUUUAAUAGGCAUAUCACCUAAAUAAGAAGCCGACCAAUCUGUAAAUAACUUCCAAGGUCGUUUAUAAACGGAUACAGAAGCGUUACUCAAGCUUGCCUCUAAAAGAGUUUUGUUAGAACUGCCAGUUCUCUGGUAAUAGUUGGGGAGGCACAGCUGUUGGUUCUGGCGCCAUGUCCUUGGACAGGGACUUGAAUUUGGUCACCUGUAAACGCGAUAAAGCAUCAGCUUUCGUGUUAUGAACGCCUGGGAGGUGUACAGCUUUAAAUAAGAUAUUGUUCUGCAAACAUGAUAGAACCAAGGCGCGAAGAAGAACCAACAGCUCCCUAUCUUUAGGCGUCUGUUUAUUAAUUACUUCCGACAAGGCUUGAUUGUCGGUGUGAAAGGUUAUGCAUUUGUUCGCCAGCUGAGUACCCCAUAUUUUUAUACUGAUAACAAUAGGAAACAUUUCUAGCACAAUAAUAUUCUUAGAGGUCCAGGAUGGGGGCCACGGACCGUAAAACCAAUUCUGACGAAACACCGCUCCAUAGCCUAGAGAGCCAGAAGCAUCAGUAUAAAGAUGCAAGUGAGGUGAUGAAAGCCAUUGAAAGUCUAAGAAGAAUGAUUUGCCAUUGAAUUGUGUUAAAAAUUCUAACCAGAGCUUAAGGUCGUCCUUGACUAUACACGUUAAUCUAAUUAAAUGAGUCGGGCAAUUGACCCCAACUGUCAAAUUAAUCAUUUGUCUAAGAAAGGUCCUGCCGGGUAUAACGACUGAACAAGUGAAGUUCAGAAGACCAAUAAGGGAUUGCAUCUCCUUAAGGGAGACUUUUUUACGCUUGAGAAAUUCAUAAAUAAGAGUAACACAUUUUCUUAGCUUUUCUUCUGGGAGGCGAGCCUCCAUUUUGACAGUGUCUAGUUCUAUUCCGGCGAAACAUAAAGCACUACUGGGACCCAUUGUCUUUUCAGGCGCCAUGGGGACACCCAAGUCGUCACACAUCGCUUAAAACCUAGACAGAUUUUGUUCACAAGCUGAGAAAGUUUUGUCUAUGAGAAGGAAAUCAUCUAAAAGGUGUAAAACACCUGAGAUAGCUAACUUAGACUUAGCAAUCCACUCGAGAGCGGUUGAAAAGCUUUCCCAAAUUUUGCAAGAGGAACUGGCUCCCAUCGGCAGGCAUUUAUCAAAAUAGAAGCUGUCCUCCCAACAAAAACCUAACAAAUCAUAGUCGCAUGGAUUUAUUGGAAUUAGGAAAAGCGUUUUUGACAUCUGUCUUAGCUAGGGCACAGCCCCUGCCUGUGCGCCUGAUAAGUCUAACCGCAUAAAUCAAUCGAGGCAUAUUUAACCGUAGAGGCAUCGUUAGGAAUACAAGAGUUAAUAGAAUCACCGUAAGGAAAAGAUAGGUGGUGAAUAAGGCGAAAUUCUCCUGGCGUCUUUUUAGGAAUUAAACCAAGCGGAGAAAUGCGUAAUGAAGGAAAAGGUCGUUCUAAAAAUGGCCCUGCAAUCCGACCUAGACUUAAUUCUUUUGACAGUUUAUCGGAAACGGCUACAGGGUUUUGAGUAGCGGAUAAAAGAUUUUUGCAAAUGGAGGGUUUGUGGGGCCCUACAUAAGCCAAUAAAAACCCAUGUUGACAUCCAUUUAAAAGAUAGUCUUUCAAUUUAGUUGGAUAGCCAUCUAGGUAAAAAUGUAAUCUAUUUACUUUGACUGGUGUUGGUAGUUGGACUGGAUGCGACAGUGCGAGAGGUGCCGACAGUUGGUUUUCCCGACUUGCAUUUUGUGGCAGGGUGAUCGCCUCCACAUUUAAAGCAGGCGUGUUUGAAAUAACACCCAAAACAUCUUUCACCUUGGUGGAAUUUCCAGCAGAAUCCUCGCGGAAAGGGCUGCUUUGAUUGCCGGUUAAACGAGUUAGGCGGAUUGUUUGAGGAUGAAAGUUUGGUCAUGUGGUGCGCCUGCAACCACAAUUCCCAAUGCACUUCGUCCCAAGGGAAAAGAGAUUUUUGACGUAAAUAGCGAAAAUUUUCAUCAUAAUAACGCCAAUGAGCGUUUUUUGCCGCCAGAUCGCGCACUGUCGCACUGUAUUUCAUUAAUCCGGGAGCGCCGUCCGGAAAUCGGAUGGUAUAGACGGCAACAAAAACCUGAAAUGCGGUAGUCCAUUGAUCGAUGCUAGUAAUGCGCUUAGAGUUUUGGACGGGUUCGAGACUGACCACAGGCUGGUUGGAUCCAGAUGAUUUUACCGUGAAGUUGUAUUUGGGAUCGCCUGGCAAGGACGAUAGAAGAGUUCCGAGAUCGAUAUAUUCGUUGGCCCAUAUUUUAGAUCGAAUUUUGUCCGGAACUCUACUCGAGAGUGGAACGGAAAUUAAGGAAUGGAUUUUAUCAGGCCUGUGGUCGGUCUCUGGCCCGCUAGUAAUGGAGGUAGAAGUUAAAGUGUGGCCCUCACCAGUUAGGUCUUAAACAACCUGCGCUACUGACCCCUGUACAGCAGCAGCAGGGUCGGAGGUCUGUACUGGCUCUUGAGGGAUUAUUCCUGCGGACUUCAGGCUUUCAACUACAGCCGAAGAAAUAGCACUCGUGAUGCUUGAAACCAUAUUCUGAGAGACAACUGAACUCGAGGCCGCGGGACUUGAGACUGAGGAUGGCCCACUGAUAGCCGGCUCUCGGGAAAGUUCGCUUGGGUGCGGCAUUUCGGGUGGGUUGAGAGCAGGAACCGAGUGUACUCGAGAGGUCUGCUUGGGCCUCUUGGACUUGGUGGGGCGAGAUGUACUGCGGGCCAUGGCCCUCGGGCGUUUAACUGGUGCACUGGAGGCUGUUGCGGUAGAACUUCGCUUGCCUCUAGUCAUCAUCGUGGAAUAUGGUUUAAUUUCAAGCAAAUCUAGACCGCAAGCAAAGGAACUUGAAUAAAUAAGCCUAAGGCGUUGGUAUGGGAGAUAAAAUAGUAAAAGAGUGAGUGGGGAGGGAGGUGGGGGGUUUCCAAUCCAGUAGCAUUCUGCUCAAAUUACAAAUUGGAGAGAGAAAAAACGGAACCGGCAAUAAAAGAAAAAUCGGCAGCAUGUUUGGCAAUUUCCAAAUUGGAGACGCCGCAUUAAACAUGCUAAAGCGCCGGACAGAGGAACCGGUCCGUAAAAUAAAUACAAUAUCUUAUAACAAAAGAUAAAGCUCUCCUGUCCGCCAUAAAGGACGGUUACAACGAAAGUAGAAUGCAUGACUGGAUAGACAAGUUGGAAUCUGUCACUGAGCCUCAGAAAAAGUGGCUAACUUCUUCAACGCGAAUAGUAUGGCUCCCCUAUAGCUACGAUAAAGAGCAUAGUUACCCACUGCGUUCAAAUGAACGCCGUCUCGGCAUAAAACGGCAAUAGAUGGACUUUGAAGCCCUCUAUGGCUCCAAGCUUCAGCAUAAGGGAGUGGUUCGAGGACCACUUUGAGAUAUUUAUUGAGGUCUACUUUGUGGCUGAAAUCGGGAACGUGUGGAGGAAUAGCAGACCGGUAAAUUACUAGGCAUACCAUUAUAAACUCUGCUCCACAGUGAUCAUGGAGGACUUGAACUAAAUGUUCAAUAUCUGAACCAACAGAUUCGGGGCGCUGCCCCACUACACACAAAUCAUUAGUUCCCAGUUCUAAAAUGAUAACCUUUGGCUGAAAAGCCUUAAUUUUAUCCAAAUCAAAUGACAGCAAUUUUAGAGACGGUUCUACUGCCAAUGCCUAGAAAAGAUAUAUUUUCGUGAGGCAAGUUCAUGUUGUGAGCGGCACGCCUAUCGUGAUGUUCGGUGAGGAAUGUCUGUAAACGCCUCACAAAUGAAUGACCAAGAAUGAGAAUGUUGGCGGUAUUAUCCAUAACAGCAAACAGUUGAAAACAAGAAGUAAAUGAGAUAUACUUAACGUUUGUUGUGGUGAAUUCCCAAGGAGAGCUGCUUGUUCAAAGGAUAAGCGGGUCAGCUAUCGAAGAUUCGGCUUGAUGUCAGCUUUCAGACAGAGAGGAUUAACAAAAGGUUACACCGUCUUAUAAAGGGUCUCCGCGAGAUAAUGAGAUCGAGGCUAAGUAGAUUUACUUUGAGUGGCCUUACGACAGGAGCUCGUGAUUAUUACCCAAAAGUAAUUUUACUUUUGGUCUUGUGAUUCUCAUGCGAUCGUAAACCAUUGUAAGAUAAUUCAAAGUUCACAUUCGAGAGCCUCUAAGCCUUUGAAGCCACAAUCGACCCCACCCCCCAAAAUCCAUGCAUUGAAGAAAUUGGAAGGGGAGACAUAAAAAUUUUUAUUUGGUUCCAAAUAAACUCAUAUAUUUGAAGUCGAUUUGGAAUAUCCUUCAAAACUAUGGGAAACACAUAAUGACUAUCCUCUAGCACCUGAGAAGAUGAUUGUUAAUGGCGUUGAAAAACUAAUUUGUCAUUUUAAACCAAGAAAAAACUAUGUUGUUCAUUAUCGAAAUCUUAGACAAUAUCUUGAAAUGGGAAUGAGAAUAACUGCGGUUCAUAGAGGAAUAUCUUGUAACCAAGGACCUUGGAUGGAACCAUAUAUACGAAAGAACACAGAACUUAGGAAAACAGCACCUAACAGUUUUGAGAAAGACUUUUUCAAACUUAUGAAUAAUUCAGUGUUUGGAAAAACAAUAGAAAAUAUACGAAAAAGACAAAAUAUAGAACUUGUUGAUAAUCGUAAGAAAGCUGCUAAACUAACAAGUCGUCCAAACUUUGAUAGGGCUACGAUAUUUGAUAAAAAUCUUAUAGCUGUUCAUAUGAAAAAAACCGAAGUUUAUUUUGACAAACCAGUAUAUGUAGGUCAAGCAAUUCUAGAUUUGUCAAAACCAUUGAUGUUUGAUUUUCAUUAUAACUACAUAAGAAAGAAAUACAAAAAUAAAGCUGAAUUAUUGUUUACAGAUACAGACUCAUUAAUGUACCAUAUUUACACAGAUGAUUUUUAUAAGGAUAUAUCUCGUGAUAUAAAAAAAAAGUUUGACACUUCUGAUUAUCCUCCCAAUCAUGAAUCUGGGAUAUUGACAGGAGUUAACAAAAAAGUAAUUGGGAUGUUUAAAGAUGAAGUAGCAGGAAAACAAAUAACUUGUUUUGUUGGAUUACGACCAAAACUUUACAGUUUUAGAAUAGAAGAGGAUAAAGAG